CUGGAGGACCAGCUGUCAGCAUACGUUGAGUACCAGAGUACUGUGAAACAACUGGAAGAACACAUGCUGUGCCUUGAAAUUCAGAAUGCCAGAUUGGAAGCCACUGUCCACCAACAAAGCAACAGGACUGAAGACCUGCAGAGAGACCAGCAAGCCUCUGCCUCAUUGCAGGAGAUGGAAGAGAAAUAUUUAAAUUCCGAGCGUUGUGUUCAGAACUUGAUGGCUGCCUUGGAUGAGAAAGACAGACAAGAGGUAGCUGCUGCCCAGAACCAGGUGUCAGCAUAUUUUGACUACCAGACUACUGUGAAAGAACUGGAAGAACACGUGAUACGCCUUGAAAUUCAGAAUGCCAGAUUGGAAGCCGCUAUCCAGCAACAGAACGACAGGUUUGAAGCCCUGCAGAGAGACCUACCAGCCUCUGCCUCAUUGCAGGAGAUGGAAAAGAAAUAUCUAAAUUCUGAGCGUUGUGUUCAGAACCUAAUGGCUGCCUUGGAGGAGAAGGAAAGAGAAACAACAGCUUUUGCCAAGAAACUGCAGGACCAGGUGUUGAAAAAUUUGGAGACAGUGAAACAACUGCAAGAAGAGAUGCAACGCCUUGGAUUUGAAAAGACCUGUUUGGAAGCAACUGUCCAACAACAAAGCAGCAGGAUUGAAGCCCUGCAGAGAGAGCGUCAAGCCACUACCUCAGCACAGGCAGCCUCCCAGGAGAGACUGGAACACAUCAAAGCAAGUCAUCAUGCUUCUCGGAGAAACCAGCUAAAAGACAGAAUUGGACAUCCUGAAUGUGAAUUGGACAAGAUAAAAAAGACUCCACAAGACAGUACUUUCCCAAAAGAAUGUGCACAGGCAGAAGUGGAAGAGGACAAGGAGCUGUAUCCGGAGGAAGCGAAAACUAGACGAUGCCUAGCAAAGAAAGUGGAAAGAGCUAAAGAGAGCCUUGAUAAAGCCAAUGCUAAGCACCUCUGGAAGCGCCUUAAAAAGCAAUCGUCAGUCACAGGCAGCACUGUCAGAGGAGGUCUGGCUGCAGCUCCAGUUCUGCGUUCAAGUGCACUGGGACAUCUUGGCAACCGUUCAGGACUGGACAGUAGUGUGAGUGCAGGAGACAGCUUGCAAAGGCAACGUAAGAAGUGCUUGUCAUCAAGAAGGAGGCUUGUAGCCUCUGUGGCCAAGGUACAGCUGAAACAGGAGGAAAAACUCUCUAAGAAAAUGGAAAAAGCCACUGAUGAACUUGAAACUGGAUUUGCUCGACUUUCAAAGAAGUUUCAUUUGCCCCAGGAUCGCCUUUCCAGAGCAAAAAAAUAUUAG